UACGCCGCCAGCUGGAGAGGCUGCGCGAACAGGUCGCCGACGCCCGGCACCGCCAGGCCGAGAGCGAGGCGCGCUGCAACCGGCUGGAGGACCGUCUGGAACGGCUGGAGGCCGGCCAGCAGCCUGAACAGCUUCAGCUGCUCCAGACGCAGAUGCAGGACUCGCUGACCCGACUUCAGGGCCUGGAAGAGCGCGAGACGCUGCUGCUGCCGACGCCAGAGUCGGUCCGACCGGCCAGUCCAUUGGCGGUCCCAGGUGACUCCGCUGAUAGUAUAUUGGGUGACACUGCAGGCCUGGAAGACACCGGCCCGGACGGUGGUGCCGGCGACGCGGCGGACCUGGAUAGCGCGGACCAAGAGGCCACGGCAGAACAGACCGAGUCCCCUGAACCGUGAUAACGCCCGGCAGCCCUCCGUUCCCGGUCCCGGUCCUGAGGACGAAGAGGACCUCAGCGUGGCGGGGUCAGUGGCGACAGGCCGACUGUCGCCGGGACCUGGGGCCACCGGCCAGGACAUCGUCACCGCACACCACCUGGUGACCACCGACGAGCGCGGCGGCACCAUCCUCCUUGGACGGAGCAUCACAGUCGGCGGCGGUGUGGCGCCGCGCACCAGGUCCAGACCUCCUCCUCAUACGCCAGCUGAGUCGUCCAACAGCCUGUCCGGCAUGCUGUCUGGGCAGGCCAGCCUCUCUCGCGGCACGCCUGACCAUCCUGCCACCUCUGGCUGGCGUCCCGUGCCUGGUCGCGAGUCACGGAGGCUGCCGCAGAAGGAGCCGCUGGUCACGCCGGACCCGCCGCACGGCGCGACGCUCGGAGCUCCCAGCAGCGGCGAACCCGCUGCCGCGGCACCCAGCAAGCCCGCGCCCAGUGAGCCGGCGCCCAGCGACAGCUCCGACGCUCCAUCAACCAGAGCAUUCAAGAAGCCGACGGCCGAUCGGACGCUGCUGCCGUCCAACAGGUGGUCGCCGGGAGGCUGGAGAGCGAAGGGCCGGAGCCGGGCGCCUCCGCCCGAAAGGAUGGGCGUGGUGAUCGACCCAGACUCGCGCCAGGCCUGGUCCGGCGCAUCGGACGGCAGCGGCGGCCGCGCCCUGCUCAGCUGCCAGCCAACUAAGAAGUACCGCCGCCUGGACGGCAUGACCGCCUGGUGCCUGGCCAACUGCCCCAUCUACUGUCCGCGUACGCACUGCGUCUGCAGCUGGGAGGACGGCACAAGCGACUGGAGCCGUCGCCUGUAAGCGGUGCUGCUCCUCAGCCCCUCGUGCGGAGGCCGGUCACCACGCGGCUCCCACCUACCUCUGUUCGACGGUGCGUUUGUCGACAUUGCCACUGUUAGUGUGAACUGUGCUAUCUGAGUUUGGAGCACAUCGCAGCGUCCUAGUGAACAAGUCCCUCCUGACUUCACGUUGCCAUGCGUGAUGAGCCCUAGCGCACAACGGAAGCGACUGAGUUCAGCAGGAGUGUAGGCUGACGACAUGGAGUCAUACACAGUUAGCCGCCGUGAAAAUGCUCAGUGGGAAAAUACAGUGAAGCGCGCGGAAGUGCUGCUGUCGCGAUUACAGGUAAAGACAGUCUACAUCACUGCCCCGCGAUGGUGAACGCGACUGGACGGGUGGAGGAAAGACGAAUACAAAAUC